CUAUUAUUUAAUUUCAAUAAACAAUUAAUAUAUACGAGCAAACCAAAAAUAAAAUGCAUGUAUUUGUAGUACUUUGCUUAGUGGCUGUAGUCUGUGCCAACCAAUCCGGUUACAAUUAUCAAUCAGUGGGUCAUGGCUCAGAUAACGUACCAAGUUAUGCAGCACCACAAGGUGCUGCUGGAUCACAAGGAGCACCUAGUUAUGCUGGUCCUCAAGGAGAUUUCGGCCAAGCUUCUCAUAAUGAUGCUGCUUAUGCUCCUCAAGCUGAACUCGACAAGGAAUUCUUCACAUACAGUGCCAACGAAGAUGAUUUCAAUGAUCCCGCUGCUUCUAAUCAAUUGGCAAACUCUGUGAAACAAGGUCUUCGUGUUGUUUUCAUCAAGGGCCCUGAAAACAAGGGACUUGAAGAUGCUGCACUUGCUCUGGCCAAACAAGCUGGUGAACAAAAGACCGCCAUCUACGUGUUGAACAAACAAGCCGACCUCGGUAGCUUGGCCGACAAAUUGAACAACGUUAAUAAGAACAGCAACAACAAACCCGAAGUACACUUUGUCAAGUACCGUACUCCUGAAGAUGCUGUCAAUGCUCAAAGGGCUAUUCAAGGUCAAUACGAUUCAUUGGGAGGCCAUUCUCAAUCUCAUGAUGGUGGUGUAGCACCUGUUUUAAACUUUGCCUCCAAUGCUCCUGUUGCUUCCCAUGGUGCUGCUUCCUCUCCAUCUUCUUCAUAUAUUCCCCCCGCAUCUGGUUCUAUUGCAUCUGGUCCAAGUGCUUCUUACCUCCCAUCAUCAAUUUUCCGUCGUUUGUAAAUAAUAGGUAAUGAUGAUAUUAUGCUAAUAGACUGAUCGUUAUUGUUAUUGUUGUUUAUUAAUGUUAAGCGAAUAAAUAAUUAUAUUUAAAACACA